GUAAUCGGAAUCCUCUCAGUGGGCGAUGGCCGCGGUGGCCAUUUUGUGUGCGGCCUGAAGUGGAAACUCGAGCCGCUAUUAGCGAAAUCUAGGCUCACGGACGAAGAAAAGCAUCAACUUCGGGAGGGCAUCACGUUCAACCUCAACGACGGUUUUUCGGAGAGACUGCUCGCUGGGAAGGGUUCGCCCUCUCGAGAAGACGUCGCGCGUGCGUUGCGCCGCUUUUUGCGAGAGAAGUUAGUGCGACGUAGACUCGUGGGUGAUGCGGGUAGCGAGAACCUCGCCCUUGAGGAUUGGCGGCCGAUCAAUCGCAGCGGUCGAGAAGUCACGACUCUGCCAAGGGGAAAAGCGGUGUACCGCUUGGAGAGACGUUUUCUCUCAGUUAAAACUAUCCAUAAGCGUUUGCGCCGAAUGCCGUGUUUCGCGCGGAUGCCGCUUCAGUUUUUGCUCGACGAAAUCGACGAAGGCAUGGCCAAUACGCCGGCAUCUGUCUAUAGCGGACGGAGUCCAAACCAGACCUUCUGGGGACUAGAGGAGGCAACUGUUGAAACAACUCAUCCCGAUGACUUUGCUGCCGCUGGACUGGUUCAUAAUACUGAGUACAACAUUGGCCAUCUGACCGAGUGCCGACUGCGAAUUCAAGGGGAAAUCAUGCGAAUGCAGCUUGAGGACCAGGAUUAUCGAAAGGGGGUCGAUAAAAUCAUCGCAAACUGUCGAGCGCAGAUUCGCGAAAAUGACACGGAUGAACGAGACGUAGGACAAGAGGUCGAGUAUCACAAUCUGAAGUCCGGACAGUGCACCAGAGGAGUUAUCCUUGCUAAACAUCUGAAGCAAGGAACCCAAGCGUUCGAGUACACGGUGAGAACACACGGGAGAACACUGCAUGCCGUUCCCCCUACUUCUCUUUCGACGGGGAUUAAUUUUGAUCACUUCAACGAUAUUCCUCUAGACUUGCAGCCUCUCGUUCCGAGCGACUUCCAAGUUGGAGGAAGAGCGCAUAAUGCACACAAACGGUGGCUGGAGGCAAACGAUUCCUCUGAUGACGUCGAGCUGCGGGCUCCGGCCAAGGCUUCUAGUCACGAGGCUGGUCCGUUUUUCUCCUAUUCAGCCCCCGGGGAGGGGACCGCAGCAAGACGAAGGACUGCUGCUAAAUCAUCGAAGAAACUCCCAGUCCACGAGGCGGAUGAUGGGGAUUCUAGUAGUUCACUAGAGAUGACAGGUGACGAAAAGGAGCAGGACGGAGUGGAAGUGGAAGAGGAUGAGGAGGAAAAAGAACCACAGCCGCCACCUCUUGAGGAUCUUGAUCUCGCGGAAAAUCAGGAGCAAGAAGAUGAUCUUCUUCAAUCUGGCUUAGUCCAAAUCGGGGCAGUUGGGGAACUUCUGGAGGAUCAAAAGGAAUUCGCAGGAGAUAGCGUUUUCGUACAAAUCCAGCAAGAAGACGAGUCUCGAGACGGACAAAACGACCUGGAUAGCGAGGAAGAGACAACUCCGGCAUUAGAAGAACGAUGGCAGUCAGAAUUUGUACUUCCGACGCGUGCUGACCGCAGAGCACUCACGAAGAUACUGGCGAAGGAAAAGACCGGAUCGCUUCCCGAAAGUAGCGUUGCGUUUGGUACUCUCACGAGCGUGCUUAUGCGGAAACGUGAAAUUCGGUUCACUCCGGAGUCAAUCGAGAUGUAUAGCGGGUGGUCUGAUGAACGUAAGCCGCUAUCGAAACCAGAAUUCCAAGAUGAGACUCUUGUCUCUUGGGGAGUGCGCAAAGUGCAGUUCGUGAAGAAUCAGGAGGAGUUCACUGAUCAUGGGGGACAGUUUUUGAUCCGCUUUGUGAUGUGGAAUCUAGAUCCGGAGAAGUCGUACGAAGAGCUGAACCUCAUGUCCAUCUUCGAUCCCCGCGCCAAGGCACGUCCCGAAGUCACAGAGAGACUCCUAGGAGCGCUGAAGCAUGCGGACACCGACCACAGCUUUGCGGACUCACCAGAGGGACUCGAUAAUAAGAAACUGCUACUGCGCGGCCACCUGAAGGAGUGGACCCAGAUGCUCGAAGAAGGCUUAGUCCAGCGCUUUGUGCCUGGAGUGAAGCAUUCGGACGAGCGAGUUCUUACGGCUCGUGCAAUCUGCGACCUGAAGAUGAAAACUCCGCGGCAUUUCACCGUUGCCAUUCGAGUCGUCCCGGGAGGGCACAACUCGUCAGUAUCGGCCUCGGCCGAGAGCCCUACCAUGAGCGAAGUCGAGUGCAGACUAGUGUUGAAUUCUGUGCGUCACGUCCGAGGAAAGAAGGUGAUCAAGUCGGGAGAUGUACCGCGCGCAUUCUUGCAGAACCAUAAGCUCAAACCCGAGAAUCGGCCACGCUUCAAGUACCCACACAACGUGCACCAAGAGUAUGUGAACAAGGAAGUCAAGUCGAGACUCGGAGUUGGACCGGGAGACAUCCUCAUCAUGUUGAUCAGUCUGUACGGUCUGCGGGAGGCGGCGUUGCUCUGGUAUCGAGUGCUAAGCCAGUUUUUAAUGGAACUAGGGUACAAGUUGUCGGUUGGGUCGCCGUGUGUCUUCUUCAAGGAGAAUGAGCGAGUGGGCGUGCACGUGGGCGAUUUGUUGUACACCGGCAACCAGGAGAGCUUUGAAAAGUUUGCAGCAGCAAUGAAAUCGCGCUUCAACCUCAAGGAUUGGAAUGACGCACGCGACGGGCUGUGCUUCACAGGGCAGAACAUCGUGCACAGGGUCAACGGCGUGGAAGAAUCAACUUGGUGUCACAUGAAACCAAAGAUUGAAGAGAUGAAGUGUGCUCGCGACGACUUGCGAGCUGCUCCGGAACCAGGAAAGGAUGGACAUCGAGAACCGCUCAGUGCUGCAGAAGUCACCGCACUAAAAGAGAAGAGAGGUUCGCUGCUGUUCAUCAGUCGUUCGCACCCAGAGGCUCGCUUUCCUACUCGAUGUCUCGCGGUCGGAGCAGAUGUGCAGAAGGAUCUCAGGUGGACGGUCGAGCAGGACAACAUCACUCGACGGCUCGAACAAGAAUCGCCGGGAGUUGAGAUGGAUUUGAGCUACAAGGACGAGUACUUGUGCAUGGCACCAGAGAGAUGCAUCCUUUCAACAACCCACGAGUGA